AUGGCCGAAGACCCAACGGCACCGAGUCUGAACCUCGCCCCGGAGGAGAAGCGAGUGUUCGGGCAGUUAUUUCGACAAGCCGAUACAGAAGGGCUUGGGGUUGUUACGGGAGAAGUUGCUGUGAAGUUCUUCGAGAAGACCAGACUCGAGCCGCGCAUUUUAGGAGAGAUAUGGCAAAUCGCGGAUAAGGAGAACCGGGGACUACUUACACCCGCGGGCUUUGGAAUAGUUUUAAGAUUGAUCGGACAUUACCAGGCAGGAAGAGAUCCAACUCCUGAGCUGGCCCUUCGACCUGGCCCUCUACCUAAAUUCGAUGGAGGCUCUGCGCCAGGAAUGAGCCCUACGAUUCAACCUCCUCCUGGCCCCCCGCCAGGCGCCCUACAACCCCAAACAAGCGGGUCGCCUCCGAUCAGAGUUCCCCCCCUCACGCCUGACAAAGCCGCUCAGUAUGCGGCGCUAUUCGAAAAGUCGGGCGCACAAAAUGGCCAGCUUCCUGGGGAGCAAGCAAAGCAGAUAUUUGAGCGCGCUGGAUUGUCGAAUGAGGUUUUAGUCCGGAUAUGGACAUUGGCAGAUACGGAACAACGAGGGGCCCUCCAGGUCACGGAAUUUGUAAUAGCGAUGCAUCUGCUAGCAUCGUUCAAGGCCGGCACUCUUCGAGCGUUACCAACUGUUCUUCCCGCUGGUCUAUACGAAGCAGCGGCUCGACGCCCACCAAGUCGCCAGGCGACUGGCACCAGUUCCAUCCCAGCCGUCCCAGCCAUCCCGAGACAAUUCAGUGGUGCUACGGGAGCUCCGCGCGCCGGGAGUCCGCUUAGUCGUUCAGCUUACGCUGCCCCCCAACAAUACGCUCAGUAUUCUGGCCCAGUUGGUGAAUGGGCUAUUACUCCAUCAGAUAAGGCAAAAUUCGACGCCAUUUAUAGCACCCUGGAUACAACCAACAAGGGUUAUAUCACUGGAGAAGAGGCUGUGCCGUUUUUCAGUGAGUCAAAGCUCCCUGAGGAGGCUUUGGCACAGAUAUGGGAUCUUGCGGACAUCAACUCGGCCGGGCGUUUGAGCAGAGAUGAGUUUGCGGUUGGUAUGUAUCUCAUCAGACAGCAACGAGGGAAACGUGAUGGGAGAGAGUCACUCCCCGCCACGCUACCUCCGAACUUGAUCCCACCAAGUAUGCGAAAUCAAGUUAAACCAGCCGCUGUCCCAACGGCGCCGCAUUUUGAUGCCGCACCGAGUUUACCCAAGUCAGCUGCCGAGGAUUUGUUUGGUCUUGAUGCUCUGUCAUCACCAGUUCCUGCUCCCAGCCAGGCGCCCCUAUCUACUGGUGGAUCUGCGUCCCCCGGCUUGAACGACCCUUUCGGUAAUAAAACCCCUAUAACCCCAAGCUCUCCAACCCACAGCCCUCCACAGCAAUCUUCAAUCUUCAAAUCAUUUAACCCCUCCUCAUCAUUUGGGCAGUCCUUGAGUUACCAGGCCACUGGUGGAUCAAAUUCGUCUGGUCCAUCUCAGUCGAGAAGCAUGCCGCCACAGAACACCGUAACAGAGGACUUGCUAGGAGACAAUGACCCAGAAAUCAGUAAACGGCUCACAGACGAGACUACUGAGUUUGCCAACUUGUCAAAUCAAGUUGGCAACUUGACGAAGAAGAUGCAAGAUGUGCAAGGACAACGAGCAACUUCCCAAGUUGAGCUGAACCAAGCAAGCACCCAAAAGUAUGAAUUCGAACAGCGACUGGCCCAGCUAAGAACUUUGUAUGAACAAGAAGCACAGAGCGUCAGAAGCUUGGAAGAGAAGCUUACAGCCUCUCGAAACGGGACCAAAAAGCUUCAGACUGAAAUUGCGAUGGUCGAGGGAACAUAUCAGGAUUUACAAACCCAGCACCGCCAAGUCGCCACAGCAUUGCAGGCAGACCAACAGGAAAAUGCCAGUCUAAAAGAGCGUAUGCGUGCUGUUAAUGCCGAAAUUGUGCAAUUAAAGCCGGCUCUCGAGAAGCUGCGGUCCGAUGCUCGGCAGCAGAAAGGUCUAGUAGCCAUCAACAAAAAGCAACUCGCGACGAAUGAAAGCGAAAGAGAGAAAUUAAAGAUUGAGGCUGAAGAGUUAAAUAAGAGUAUUGAAGAGGAUACCAGGACCCUCGCAUCAGCAUCCAAAGCACAUAGUCCAGCCCAAUCUUCAAGUUCGCAGCAGGUUGCCAGCCCAACCCCUUCAACCAUAAGUGCCAACAACCCAUUCUUCCGACGUCAAGGUAGCUCCUCAGAAAUAGCAACGUCCGCAUACACCUCCCCCACGCAGCAAGGCGACCGAUCUUUUGAGAAUGUCUUCGGCCCCGCCUUCGGCGAAGCCGCUACGAUAAAAGAAGGACCGCCACCUACAACUUUCAGACAAGAGAAGGAAAUCCAAUCGACUUCGAGUGGUUCAGCUGCCUCCUCACAUACACAGGCAGGUAACGGGACUGACUUAUCGCCGACGUUGGCCGCAUCACCAGCAACCUCCAACAGAGAGCUUCCUCAAUCAAACAUCCCCCCGCCGCCUCCUGAAUCACGGCAGAUCAGCUCUAGCUUUUUACCUUUCCCAGAACAUGAAGACUCUGUUACAUCAUCUCGACAAGUAUCAGCGCCCAACAGCAGGUUUGGAGAGAGUUCUACUGGCGCCGAUACGCCAACAAACUACAUUGGCACGACCCCGACAGGAUCUUCCUCAGCAGGUCCAGCCGAGAAUCCCGCACCAGCAUCUCCUGGCCUUGGUCGUAAUUCUACUGCUUCCCCUACCGCUAGCGCCACCAAAGAUUCCAUUCCCGGAGCCUUCCCUGGGGAGACAAACUCUAAUAUCAUUGCGACGCCAACCGGUGGAAGCACCCUAAGUGAGCAAGCGGCAGCUGACCCGUUUGAGGCCAACAAGGAGCUAGUUCGCUCUGGAACCUCCAAGGACGAUUUUGAUGCUGCAUUUGCAGGAUUUGGGGCCCCUGCUAAGCUGCAAGAACGCACAAAUACUGGCUCUUCGGCUGGAGGCUCUGCUAGUGGAGCACCAGCUGGAUUCCACAAAGAGUUUCCACCCAUAGCUGAAUUAGAAAACGAUGACGAUAGUGACAGCGGCAGUGACCGGGGAGGUUUUGAUGACGACUUCGCCCCUGCAUCUCCUAGUCAUGCUAGGAAAUCAAGCUCGGCUCAGUCACCAACUUUGACGAAGAGUACCCUUGGCGAGGCACCGAGUGAUUCCCUUCAAGCACGACCGGGCACAUCACAUACCUCAUCGGCAAGAACUAUUGGCACAGCGCCACCAACUCCUGGGGCUCAAAUAUCCCCACCCGCAUAUGCCAACGCUGUCUCUCCCAGCGAGCAAGCCCACUCAGAUGUGCAGCAAUAUUCUGGACUCCUUCCAUCUCGUGAUGUCCCUGCACCAGCGGCAACCACUUCUACCGAGCCUUCGACUUCAACCGCGGCAGGGCAAGUGCCAUUCGGGUUUCCUCCAACAUCUUCGCAACCCGCUCCUCCCGCUAAAGUCCCUUUCGAUGAUGAUUUUGAUGAUUUUGACGGUUUAGAAGAUGCCAAAGAAGGAGAUGUGGAUGACGAUUUUGCCAAUAUCUCCGUUAAUGACCGCUCUGGACUUGAUGAUUUCAAUCCAAUGUUUGAUAGUCCGCCUCAAUCAAAGGGCGCGGAGCAUUCCAACUCCGGGAAUAGCUUUGGGGGAGAUAGUGUUUUCGCAGAAUUCACACAAUCCCCAAAAUCAACCCACCCAAGUACAACAGCUACAAACACAGCCGAUAGCCAUGACUGGGAUGCCAUAUUUGCAGGCUUAGAUACAGCUGCACCAGCCGAGACUGGAUCAACAAACGCCGUAGAUUCUACGACGCAACAAAAUGGCAACGGUGCUGCACCUAGCCCUACUGCCGAAAGACCACAACCUGGGCGUGCCCUCACCGAGACAGGUGUACACGACGACCCGAUAUUGAAAAACUUGACCGGGAUGGGAUAUCCUAGGACCGAUGCACUAGCUGCUCUGGAGAAAUACGAUUAUAAUUUGGAAAGGGCUGCAAAUUACCUUGCCAGUCAAUCAUGA